AUAACAGGUGCAUUUUGUGUCCUUUUCCCUAAUAUCUCAAGUAUAUGUUCAACAGGCCCAACUGAGAAGCAGUUUAGCCUGCAGGGCUCUCAGCCUGUGGAGACAGAAUCUCAAAGCCUGACAGAUGGAGAGAGACUGACCUCAGAGCUCCGAGACAUCAUUCGAUCAUUUAUAGAGAAGGUAGAUGAAUUCAAAAUGUGCGUCACCACUAUGUCAAUGAAUGUGGAGGAGCAACAGAUGGUACUUAAGAGCAUGAUGGAAGCGCAGGAUCAGCUGGAGAGGAAUUACCUCACAAAGAGGGAUGAGCAUCGUGCUCUGGAGAUGCAGAACUACAGGGGUCUAGGCAGAAACACAGGACAGUUUGACCCUGACAGGGAGGUCGAGGGGCAGAUUUUCAGGAUAGGCAUGUACUUGGAGGACAUUAAAGAGCAGAUCGACAGAAACGUCUGCCAAGUUUUCAACCCUCCCUCAUCAUCCUCCACUCCCUCUCCUCCACCUUGUGAAGAUAUCCCUCUGUCAUCAUCCCUACCAUCACUGCAUGAGGAGCCACUCUUCAGCAUCUCCUCUGACAGACACAACAUGGAGGAUAACAGUGAUGAGGAGGCCAAUAAAGACCAUGCAGCAGAUGAACCACUUUCCAGCUACACUGAAAACAGCUUCCAGUUAAAGUAUUCCACCUUUGCCACUGAAACGCCUGGCACUGCCAAUGAGAAAGAAGAGGACAGACCGUCAACAGCAGAGAAACAAAACUAUGAGGACGUCCUGGCACAGCCGUCCGGCUCAGCUUCACUAAAGCAGCUGACACACGAGAGAUAUAAGGAGAAGGCCAGACCCAGUGAAGCCUCCUUCUCUUCUGCAGGACCAUCUGCAGGAAGCUCUCCUCAGCCAAACACAGACAAAACACAGAUAUUUUUCAGUCCAGAAACUGACAGCGGCUUUGGCAGCUUUGACCUGAGUCGACCAAACACAGGACUGUCGCAAACAUCUCCUAGUGCUGUGAGUUCUGUACUCUCUGAUGAUGUCGUCAUCAUGGCGAGUGUAAACAGUUCAGACAGUGAAGCCUCGCAUUCCAAUGCACGAACAACUAUAUCAAUGGCACUACGACCUGCACAGCCCACAGUGAAUCACCUGGAAUAUAAACAGCAGGAUACACAAGCAAUGCAAGCCAAAAGCAUUAUUCAGAAUGGACAUGUUAGAGCUUCAAAAAAGGAUCUCACGUCAGUAGGUGGAGCCACUGCCGCGCAUAACCAGCUGACUGAGAGAAAAGUGGAGAAUGGGCUGACAAAAGAGACCCACUCACCAUCACACUGUUCAUGUCACAACAGUGAGGUAAUUCUGUCACUGCAGUACGAAGUGUCUCGCCUCAAGAGGGCGCUAGAGGAGAGCCUUGGUCAUCUGAGCAAGAGGACUGAUUAUCCCAGCAGCAGGUGUCAUUUGGAGAGGAAGCACAGGGGGCAAACCAGAGGACACAACAGAGUCACGUCCAGCAGACGAGUAAAAGACUCAAACUUUCAGAAGACUGAGGACUGGAUCUCUUCUGACAAAGAGCUCAGCCAGAGUAAAGUCUCAAACGGUGAAGAUUCAGAUCACACUCUGAGUUUCCAGAGAGCCUUCAGUUCAUCUAAUGGACAAAUACAUGACUCAAGAGUCGCACCAAGGGCCUCAGUGGAGCGGUUUCCUUUGGAAGUGUCACAGUUCAGUCAGUCUGGCAGCCAUCGACGUGCCAGCGUUGGGCCAACAAUCCACAGCAUUAAAACUGAGCCUGCCAACAAAAGUGCCAGCUACAGACCUGCAAUGGGAAACUUAGGAAAUGACUUCUUAAACAGCACAACACUUGCCUCCUCUCUCAAUGCUCCAUCCCAUAAGCCUCUGCUGCAGGUCAACUAUGGCCUUUCCUAUAGUCUACCUGCUGGAUUUAAAUUGCGAGAUCGAUCAUCAGAUCCAGUGUCCAGUAGGAGGCGCUCUGUUGAGUCGGACUCAGCUCUGCUUCCCAGUAACGUUUUCUUUCAGCGAACAUCACCGCGCACCAGUGCAAGACGACACCGCACCAGCAGAGAGGAAUCAAUACACAAGACGUUGGACAAGGCCCUACAGGCAGCGUUUCUGAUGAAGCAGACCACAGACAGGAUGGCGGACGCUCUUUCGGCUGAUCUGGCUAAAGCUCAGCUCCAGAGAAAGUUAAAUGGUUUACAUCCUCUCAACAGCAGAGCGGACACUUGACACUAAAGACAGUUCAUGCUCUAUAGACAAGUACACACUUUUCCACAUAAAUGGGGUAUACAAUCUGUCAUUUGCUUUUAAGUGUGUUUAAUGGACCCUUUUCACAUUUCCAGGUUGCUCAGUAGUGGAAGUCGUCAUAGCUGGGUAAACUUAGAGCGCAGUGAAUGGGAGAGUACAGCAAAUUUUUUUUUAUAAUCUUAUUUGCUGAAUUGAUGAGGGAAAAACUCCACGAUGGUGUUAUCAAGACUUUCAGAAAAUGGAAACAAAUUGUGUGGGACUGAUAACUGUAGCAAGAAGAGAGAAUAAUGUCAAAAUUACUGUCCUGCCCCAUAGACGCUGCAUUAAAAAUACCUUAUUUCGCUGUUUGUAAUUUGAUGCAAAGAUUAUAUACUGUAAUACAUGCAUAAAUACAUAUAAAUAUACAUACGUUUUAUAAUAAAAUCUAAUUAUUAAAAACUUGCAAGGAUUUAAUAUGCCGAUGACUGUUAAACGCAUCAUAACAGUCUUGUGAAAAGGGUCCAGUACACAAUUUUCCACAAAAAUGGAGUAUACAUUCUUUCGUCUGCUUUUAAGUGUGUUUAAUAGUGCUUGUGGGUUUUGCAUUAGGAAAAAAAAACUGGACUUAAAGAUAACUUUUUUGUAAUAAUGACCAACAGGGGACCAAAUAGAAUAGGAGCUCCCAAUAAACUGUAAGGGUGCUUUCACACUUGGUUCGAAUGCCUGAUCCGAACCCAAGAUAACCCCUCCGCUGGUUUGUGUUCACAUUGUCUUUUUUCAUUUUGAACCCCGGUAUGCUUACAUCAUUAAGCUGCUGUUUUGUGUACUCUGUUGCAAGGUGUUUACAAAGGUAAAGAACCAAAAUAGAGACGUAUGCAUAUCACGAUUGUUCUGCUUUUACUGAAUCUUUUGGCUUUCUUACAGGUGGAAUCAGGUACGUUUCUAAAGCACAUGGUGCAAAAGCAUUAAAGGCGUGUCUGAAUCCACUUUUGCUAGUUUAAGAACAAGAAAAUACGCUCUGCGUCGUAGUGCAUGGUCUAACAGGGUUGAGCUUAUUCUCUUAAUGAGUUAUGGGUGUGUUUUGAGAAUAAACCAAUCAGUCUCAUUUCUCAUUCCCUUUAAUAGUCUGUUGCGUUGCGUCAUGGCGCAUUUGCUAUUUACAUGGUGGACUUUGUAAGUGGAAAAACUGAACGCUUCACUAGCGAGAAAACAGUUAAACAGACCAUCUGCAGCGCAAGAAUAAAGAACGACUCUCCUCCAA